UCAAAGAGAAAAUGAUUGCCAGAGUGCUGGAACAGAUGAAAGCCAUAUCGCAGGUAUUGACAGGUGACCGACAUGCACGCUCCCUCAUCCCAACCUGGCAGGAUGCUGAAGUGUUGGAGUCCAUUCAUAAGGCACUGCAUCCUCUCUCCGAAUUUACUGAUGCUCUUUCUGGAGAAGAGUAUGUGAGCAUCUCCUACCUCAAGCCAGUUCUCCAUCUUCUGGCAACAUCAGUCUUGGCUGAAGAUGCUGAGGACACUGAUCUGACUAGAUCAAUUAAAACCAAGGUCCUGGCAUACCUCAACGACAAGUAUAGUGACCUCAACACCCAGGAGCUUUUGGAUGUUGCGUCGUUCAUGGACCCUAGGUUCAAAACGCAAUACAUCAGCGCAGACAACCUUCCUGCCAUUAAGGCCCGACUGAAGACAGAAAUGGUGGAAUCGGCUAGACGUACACAUAAUCAGGAGAAGAGGUCUCGCACUGAAACUGCUCAAAAUUCUCCAAGUGCACAGGCCUCUGGGGAAAGGCAAAGAAGACUCUUGGUAGUCUUUUUAAAACCAGUGCGGCCUCUUCAGCUUUGCCUCUGCCACUUGAAGAUGUCGUGGAGGCAGAGUUGAAUAGUUACCUGUUGACCCCUGUCAUUGACGGAGAGGAUGAUCCCUUAGCCUGGUGGAAGGUGCACAACAUUCACUUUCCACGACUGUGCAAGAUGGCCCGCAAAUAUCUGUGUGUGCCAGCCACAAGUGCCCCUCAGAGCGUCUGUUCAGCACUGGAGGGAAUAUAGUGACCUGCACUCGCUCAUCCUUAAAGCCAGCAAAAGUAGAUAUGCUGGUCUUCCUAGCAAAAAACCUGUGAGCUAGGAUGAUUAUGGCUAGCUGAGCCAUACUCAUUGUGCACUUUAGUUUGUGCUGUGUUGCUGUUACUUACUGCAGAUAAUCAAGAUGUUCAGCCAAUUUUAAUUUAAAGGCGUGUUUGUGUGUGUGUUUAUACAAUUGCUAUUAUGUUUGCACUUUAUGUGUAAUGUUACUGACUGCAGAGAUCAGUAAGAUGUGUGUAUUUUUUAUUUAUUAGUUUUAUUUAUUUAAUAUUAUUUUUUAAUUUAAUGACUGUCUAGUAGUUCACAGAUGUCGAAAAACUGAGUGUGGUAAAGCCACUGAUUUUUUUAUGUAUAUUUCUGCAAUCUGCACAUUGUACUGACUUUCAUUUUAAUGUUUACACCAGGGUUCCUUGUCAGCACUUUAUGCUCAGAUGUUUGUAAGCUAAAAAUAAACUAUUGUGUAUGUUCAAAUAUACUGUUGUGAUUGAAGAAGUUAAAUAAAAAUGUCAGUCAUCAA